AGUCAGUAGUUUAUUCCUGUUUGCCGAUCGACGACUCCGCUUGACUCGCAUCACCCGUAAACCUGGAUUCUCACAGUCGCCUCGUAGUCUUGGCACGGAACACAGCAUAUAUAGAAGAAUCCCCGACUCCUCAAUAUAAGGCCAAGCCACUUGGAGAACCGAACAAGAACCAGAAGAGAUAGACAGAGAGAGAGAAUAUGGGUCGGGGGAGAGUGGAGCUGAAGAGGAUAGAGAACAAGAUCAACAGGCAGGUGACUUUCAGCAAGAGAAGGUCCGGCCUCGUCAAGAAAGCCAGAGAGAUCUCUGUGCUUUGCGAUGCCGAGGUUGCUCUCAUCAUCUUCUCCACCAAAGGCAAGCUCUCCCACUACUCCAGCGACCCCUGUAUGGAAAGAAUUUUGGAACGGUACGAGAGGCAUUCCUACUCAGAGAGGCAGCUUGCUGCAAGUGAUCUGGAAUCCAAUGACAACUGGACUUUACAACAUGCGAAGUUGAAGGCGAGGAUAGAGGUCCUACAAAGAAAUCAAAGGCAUUUCAUGGGAGAAGAUAUGGAGGGCCUAAGUCUGAAAGAGCUUCAGAAUUUGGAGCAUCAGCUGGAGUCAGCUCUGAAACACAUACGAUCACGAAUGAACCGGCUCAUGAACGAAUCUAUUUCAGAGCUUCAGAAAAGGGAUAAGGCACUGCAGGAACAAAACAACGUGCUGGCCAAGAAGAUAAAGGAAAGAGAGAAGGCAGUGGAGCAGCAGCAGAAACAAGGGCCGGAUGAUUCCUCUGUUCUGUUAACACAACACCCAUUGCUGCCUUUGAAUAUCAUCGGGGGAUCAAGAAGUGAGGGUGUAGAUUAUGGAGGAAGUCUGAAUCAGCCUCGACCAAAUAACGCGCUGCUUCCUUGGAUGCUCCGCCCCCUCAAUGAAUAGAACCCAGCACUCUCACACGUCCCUCUAUUGCAGCUUUCAUUGAUCACACUCUUUCUCCUGUUAAUUUCAAUCAUGGCUUCCCCCCAAGCCUUCUCCCAUUAUGAUUAUGAUUAUGAUUAUUG